AUGUCCUCACCUACAAACUGUAGCUGGCCCGAUUCCCUUUCCGACAAAGCCAUAGCGUCCACAGAAGAUCUCAACAAGCACAAGCUAGUCCCUCAUCUCGACUAUGAGCCUCCUAUAGCAACUGUGAGGGCCAAAGCCUUCUCGGAGCCGUGGCCGGGCGAUAACCCCACGAAAUCUCGAAGAACAGAGUAUGUCAAUGCGUAUCUCAUUUGGGCACGGCCCGAUGACCCAGCUUUGCAGAAAUCAGUGCGAAGUCAAGCUCAGGCGAGAAUUAUGAGUGCUCUCCCGAUGGUCCAAGCAAAAGAUUGGACGGAGGCGGAGACUGAUCACUUAUAUUAUCUCAUCGACGAAGAAUAUUGGCGUCUCUGGCUUGAAGACGUUGAUCCCAAGCCUUUGUGGCCUUGGACACACCCCGAGCCCGUGUUCUUUACUUUCAAUGAAAGCUCCCGCUGCCUGAUCCAUCGUCCACUCCAAACGCCCCCGAGAGUCCGAGACAGUGAGCCAUCAGAGCUGCCAUAUCGCUACGACUUGACCACCAAGACUAAUAGCGACAUUCACGAUGCAGAGCCAAAUGUCCCUGCGACAGGUCGCGGUCUUUCUCGAGCGCUGCAGUGGCUGGCCAGUUUUGGUCUGGGGUUGUGA